AUGAACCCAGGGAAGGGCGGCGUUGCCAGCCGGACCGGGGACUGCAUCGUCGGCAUCGUCGGCAUCGUCGGCGUCGACGGGGCCGGCACGAACGGAGAGGCGAGCGGUGGCGGCGGCAGCAUCAACGGCGGCAAGCUCGUCGUUGGUGAUUCCUUGAAUACUGUUAGUCCCUAA